AUGUGUUGUUGGUGGCUCUUGCCAACGUGGCCGCCGGGAAUCGUCACCUCAUCGCCGGGAGCCGUCACCGCACCGCCGGCAUUCCCUCCCCCGUUCUCUCUGGCCACCUGCCCGACCCCCUCACGCUUUGUUCCCUCGCUGCCCAUGAUGACGAGGGCCCCGGCCGCUUCAUUCGACGAGGGGGAGAGAGGCUUGUGGGUUGGUUGA